AUGAAGUGCGCUCUGGCUCGGGAAAAGUCUCGCGCUGCCUGGAGCGGGACUCUGGAGAGGCAGCGUGGAAACAGCCUUCCUGAGCGAAUGAAGAUGCUGGAACGAAAUUCCUCAGUUAAUGUGCAAAUGAAUGAAAGCGAGGCAAAUCAUCUGCUGGAAAGACCGCAGCAAGUGGUAGUCAACGGGGAAUCAUUGAAAGAGGAUGUAACUCAUCCUGGGGAAAUAUCGAGAAGAGCCCUUCUUUAUGUGGAAGAAUCACAUUGUGCAAGAAGCUUCCAAGAGAGCUUUGACAGCUUGAAUUGUCAAAAAGUAGACCUGGGAGACAAGUUGUACACAUGUUCUUUUUGUGGGGAAGAUUUCAAACAGCAAUCCUACCUUAUCAGACAUGAGAGAACUCACACGGGAGAAAAACCCUACAAAUGUUCAGUAUGCGGGAAAAGCUUCAGCCAGAGAUCUCACAUCAUUACACACGAGAGAACUCACACAGGAGAGAGACCGUACAGGUGUUCAGACUGUGGGAAAAGCUUCAACCGCAGGGCAAACCUCAUGGCCCACAAGAGAACCCACACAGGGGAGAAACCAUACAAAUGCUCAGACUGUGGCAAAUGCUUCAGCCAGAGCUCUUGGUUGAUGACACAUAAAAUAAUCCACACUGAUGAGAAGCCCUACAAAUGCCAGGACUGUGGAAAGUGUUUCAAUCACCGGUCAAGCCUCAUUAAACAUGAGCGGUCUCAUUCGGAAGAGAAACCUUAUGCUUGCGCGGACUGUGGGAAGUCUUUCAAUGAGAGCUCUAAGCUGAUUAAGCAUCAAAGAAUUCACACAGGAGAAAAACCGUAUAAAUGUCCCCAGUGUGGAAAAAGCUUCUGCUUUAGGUCCAGCCUAAGUCAACAUGAGAGAACACACACAGGGGAGAAGCCAUAUGAAUGCUGUGACUGUGGGAAACGCUUCAGGCAGAAGUCACACCUGAUCAGGCACGAGAGGAUGCAUACUGGUGAAAAACCCUACAACUGCUUGGACUGCCGGAAAAGCUUCAGCCGGAGCUCAGCUCUCAUUGAACACAAAAGGAUCCACACAGGGGAGAGGCCAUACAAAUGCUCGCACUGUGGGAAGAGUUUCAACCAACGCUCCUACAGCAUCAUCCACGAGAGAAGCCACACAGGGGAGAAGCCAUAUAAAUGCUUUGACUGUGGAAAGAGCUUCAACCAGAGAUCACACCUCGGGAUACACGAGCGGACCCAUUCCAGCGAAACCCCUUAAUAUUCCCUGUUUGUUGUGAAAAAUGUCAGAUGAGAGCUCUGAA